ACUAAAAAACAAUUACAGCUAAUAUCGAAAACAGAAAAUAGUACUUUAUGCCAAUCAAAACAAUCUCACCCGACGAAAGAUAUUACAUCAUAUUUGCCAACGCCGACACCUCGUUCAAGAAUUCCAAAUUCACAUGAAUAUUAUCCAACUGUCUUAUUUAAUUCGACAAUCAAUAAUCAAACGACUUCGGCUUACGCUCAACUUAUGAUUGAUUCAUCGUUGCCAUCAGUUCAUCCACAACAAUCAGAAAUAAGACGUCGUAGUAGUUCAACGAAUGAACAAGCACCAUUAACAAUAAAUUAUCAACCAUCUAGCGGUACGUUAUUA